AUGGUACGUUGAGAACCCAUAAACUGCAGCCUUGUGCUCAUAUAUCUACGUCCCGCGUUGCCAAUACUAACGUCACUUUUUCCCCCGCCUGAAAAAUCUAGUCGCAAAACACCAAAACGUACAGAGACGCAUUCGCCUUGUUUGACAAAAAGGGAACCGGCAAGAUCCCCAUUGAGCACUUGGGAGACUUGCUCCGAGCAAUAGGCCAGAACCCAACCUUGGCCGAGAUAUCCGACUUGCAGAAAAGCGUCAACUCGCCCGAUUUUGAUUUUGAGACGUAUCAGCAGGUAAUUAAUCGUCCCGACGGGUUUAAGCCUUUGGGUGCACCCGAGGAUUACAUCAAGGGGUUCCAAGUCUUUGACAAGGACAACACGGGAUACAUCGGUGUGGGCGAGUUGAGGUACAUUUUGACUUCCAUCGGGGAGAAGUUGACCGAUCUGGAGGUGGAUGAGUUGUUGAAGGGGGUCAAUGUCACGAGCGACGGCAAUGUUGAUUACGUCGAGUUUGUCAAGUCGAUUUUGGACCAGUGA